GAAGGGGUUUGAAGGAAGAGGCAGACAGGGGGAGUGGAACUCUGGGGACCGCGCUUUCACAUGGAAAGCAGCAAGUUUGACUCGCAAUCUCAUUCUCAAAAGAGAGAGAGAGAGAGAAGGGGGGAGAGAGAGUUGCAGGUUCUGGCCUUCACGCUCCAUUCUCGCGCUCUCUUUCCCUCUCCCUCUCUGCUUCUCGCUCUUUCUCUCACCGGCAAUAACGCGUGACAUCCACCGGCCGCACCGAACCCCCCCUCUCUCUCUCUCUCUAUACAAGCCGCUACGCAAAGCUGCGCAGCAGGAGGCUUGUGAUAAAGUGUGGGGAGCCGGAAAAAAGAUAAAGGAAGAAGGGAGAAAAGAGAAAAAUUAAUCAUCCUAUCAGAACCCCGUUUCCACCAACUGGGGUUAGUGAUCGGAGUAGGUCGUACCAUUUUUUUUUUCAGCUCAACCACUAUUGUUUUAUUUAGUGGGGAGAGAAAACAAAAAGGAAUUGAUUUUCUUUCCUUCUCUUACAACCUUCUGCUCCUUUUCUGUCUCUGUACUUCAUGCUUUUCCAUGAUUGACAAGGAGAUAGCAAAGCCCUUUCCUUGUUUCAAAAUAAUUUGAAUUACUGGUCCUUCUUCCUUCUUUUCACCAUUUGCUUCAAUCUGAAGGAUUGCUGGUUGGUUCUUUGUGCUCUUCUGAGACUAAAGGAGUGCAGAAGAAGAUAAUUUGGGGCUGUCCCCUAGACGGUUGGCUUCUUCCAACUUCGUUUCUUUUAAUCAGUGUUCAUGUUUAAGCGCGGUAUCGUUGGUUUCUAGCGUUUCGGUGUAGAUGGGUUCCCGUAUUCUGAGAUGGUUGGGUGCUUCGGUGUUGAUCCUGCUUUGCUUUUCUACGGCGUCAGCAGGUGCAGCCAACACCUGCGACGCCAAUGACUCUCAGGCGUUGAUGGAAUUUGCCGAGAAUCUAAUAAACGGCUCUGUUUUGGCAAAAUGGGUCCGUGGCGCUGAUUGCUGUUCUUGGCAAGGUGUCUCUUGCGCUACCGCGAUAAAUGCAAGCUCCAGCAGAGUGGUGAGAUUGGUCUUGAGCCGGAGUGGCCUCACAGGGACGAUUUCUCCGUCACUGGGGCGUUUGGACCGCCUGCAGUAUCUUGAUCUCUCACUGAAUUCGCUUAGAGGUGAAGUACCGCAAGAGGUUUCGAAUUUGACGCAGUUGGAGUUUCUUGACAUCAGUUAUAAUAAACUGAACGGUUCGUUUUUCAACUCUGCUGGAGCCGGCUUGAAUUCAAUCCGAUGGUUGAAUAUUUCCAGUAACCUCUUCAAUGGUACUCUUCUUGAUUCAAUGCCUGUUUAUUCAAAGUUGAUCAGCUUCAAUAUCAGCAAUAAUUCUUUCGGCGGACCUAUCGCAACCAUCCUUUGCAACCGAUCCGCUGCUGUUCAAGUUCUGGAUUUCUCAAGUAAUUCGUUUUCCGGCAAAAUUCCUGAAGGCCUUGGCAGUUGUACUUCUCUGAGCCAGUUGUUACUGGGUUCUAAUUCUCUUGAUGGGGAGCUCCCCAGUGGUUUGUUUAGCUUGGCAGCGUUGGAGCAACUAUCGGUUCCGGCCAAUAACUUUUCAGGUGAAUUGAGUGCCAGAAUCAGUAGCCUUGUGAAGCUCAAGUCAUUUGUCAUCUCCUGGAACCGAUUCUCUGGCUCCCUCCCGGAUGUUUUUGGAAAUCUGACCAAUUUAGAACAGUUUUCUGCUCAAUCAAAUUCCUUCUCAGGUCAGCUGCCACAUUCUCUUGUCCUCUGUACUCAAAUGCGAACACUCGAUCUACGGAAUAAUUCUCUUUCUGGGGAGAUUAAUCUUGACUUUACGGGUAUGAUUCAUCUCAAUUAUCUUGAUCUCGCUACGAAUAGAUUCGUGGGUACACUUCCUUCUAGCUUAUCAAAUUGCAAAGAGUUGGAAACUUUGAGUAUUGCUAAGAAUAGUUUCCAUGGUGAGAUUCCUGAUGAAUUCAGAAUGCUUCAGUCUCUUUCCUCCCUGUCGCUGUCAAACAAUAGCUUCUCAAACAUCUCAAAAACAUUGCGAAUACUGCAGAACUGCAGAAAUCUAUCUACACUCAUUUUGUCAAAAAAUUUCAAAGGAGAGACCUUCCCUGAUAAUAUAGAUGGAUUUGAGAAGUUAACUGUUUUUGCUGUUGGCAAUUGUGGUCUUUCUGGUCAACUACCUGCAUGGUUGCUCAAGUGCAAAAAUUUACAGUUACUGGAUAUGUCUUGGAAUCAUUUCGAUGGAAGCAUUCCAUCUUGGAUUGGAGAGUUAGACAGCCUGUUUUACCUGGACCUCUCAAACAAUUCGCUUGCAGGGCAAAUACCUCUGAGCUUAACGCAGCUUAAAAGCCUUUUGUCAGCCAAUUCAUCUUCGGCAUCCACCAGUUCCAUCAAUUUCCCUCUAUUUGUGAAGAGGAACCAAAGUUCCAACGGUAUGCAGUACAACCAAAUAUCAAGUUUUCCUCCAUCAAUACUUUUGAGCUAUAAUAAGCUCAACGGCACCAUUUGGUCAGAGUUUGGGCGGUUGAGAGGUCUACAUGUCUUGGACUUGAGCAGAAACAAUAUUACAGGGACUAUUCCCAGCUCCUUUUCUAAUAUGAGCAAUUUAGAGACGUUGGACCUCUCUUUCAAUGACCUCGAUGGAUCGAUCCCUGAAUCUUUGAAUGAGCUCACCUUCUUGUCGAGUUUCAAUGUUGCAAACAACCACUUAUGCGGACGAAUUCCUACUGGUGGGCAGUUCUCCACCUUCUCCAACUCAAGUUUUGAAGGCAAUUCUUGUCUGUGCGGUGCACCUCUUCUGCUGACUUGCAAUGGAAAAAAUGGUACAGCAGCAACAUCUGAUGUCAGAAGCCGAGCUGGAAAGAAGACCAUUCUAGGAAUAACUAUUGGCAUUGCAGUUGGGAUUAUGUUACUUCUAGCAGUUGUCCUUUUCAAUAUUUUAAGAAAGGGGGAGGCGAACCGAUGUGAAGAAGAAGCUGAAAUUGGUCGUCCUCUUAGAAUAGGUGACAAUUUGGGUGCAAAACUAGUCCUAUUUCAGAAUCCGGAAGGGAAGGAGCUAACCAUAUGUGACCUCCUUAAGUCUACCAAUAAUUUCGACCAGGCUAAUAUUAUUGGAUGUGGAGGGUUUGGUCUUGUGUAUAAAGCAAUCCUUCCUAAUGGCACAAAAGCUGCGAUCAAGAGACUUUCAGGGGACUGUUGUCAGAUGGAACGCGAGUUCCAAGCUGAAGUAGAAGCACUCUCAAAAGCUCAGCACAAAAAUCUUGUCUCUCUGGAAGGAUAUUGCAGGUAUGGUAAUGACAGGUUGCUAAUAUACUCGUACAUGGAAAAUGGAAGCUUGGAUUAUUGGUUGCAUGAGAGACUUGAUGGAGGAUCACAGCUAGAGUGGGAAACCCGCCUAAAAAUAGCACAAGAUGCAGCAAAGGGGCUCGCUUACUUGCACAAAGCAUGUGUGCCUAAUGUUGUCCAUCGUGAUGUGAAGUCAAGCAACAUUCUCCUGAAUGAUAAAUUUGAAGCUCAUUUGGCUGAUUUUGGGCUAUCAAGAUUGCUAAAGCCGUAUGAUACUCAUGUCACAACUGAUCUUGUGGGAACGUUGGGAUACAUUCCUCCUGAAUACAGUCAGACUAUGACAGCUACCUUCAAGGGUGAUGUUUACAGCUUUGGAGUUGUUAUCUUGGAGCUUCUUACUGGUAAAAGACCCGUAGACGUGUGCAAAUCAAAGGGUUGCUGGGACUUGGUUGCAUGGGUCCGCCAGAUGAAGGCAGAAGGAAAGGAUACCGAUGUGUUUGAGUCAUUGAUGCUGAAUGAAGAUAAUGAAAAGGAGCUGCUGGCAGUCCUUGAUAUUGCUUGUAAAUGCAUAAGCAUUGAUCCAAAACAAAGGCCGUCCAUUGAUCAGGUCGUUUUAUGGCUUGAUGCUGUUGCGAAGGAAGAUGAACAAUCAUAGAUCUCUUGAUUUCCUUAAGCUUCUGCAACAACGACAUAACUUGAACAGCUUCUUCAGCGUCCAACUGUUACUGAAGCUACCAAACUCAGAGCGGUGUUAUCCCUUCUCUAGCUGAGAUUUAUACAUUUGAGUUUGUAAAUAAUACGUCAUGUAAUUUCAUACAAAAUUGAAUUAGUGCGAGGCUUCGACAGCUACUUCUGCUGAAGUAUGAAAAGAUGAGCAACAACCCAGCACAGUGUACUUACUGUCCGUUGUCUAUUUAACAUGCAAUAUUCUUUAGAAGCUGUUGUCAAGAUGUGUUUGUAUGCUAACAUCGAAUACUCACAUGCUGUGUCUCUUGAAUAGAUCACCUGAAAAUUGUGUGAUC